AUGCUUAGGUGCUUCUUGUCCUUCGUUCUAUUCUCCUCUCAUCUGCUACUUCCAGUCCUAGGCAGGACAAAUCUCGAUGUUUUCUAUUGGCCUUCCAAGGUCGGCUUGGUGCCAGCCCUGCAAGAAGGGGACCGUGUGAACUUGAGCUGGAUCUCAAGCUUCCAGCCGAACGUCAUGACCCUAUGGUGUGGCGAUAACAACCAAGUCGCUCAAUUCCUUGAUAUGCCCGCAGAAGGCUCCCAUACUCUGAAUGUAACUGCAGCAUGGGCCUUUCCCUGCCAUAUUCAGAUGGCCAAACAAGCCAGUUAUGGAUGGUUUGACAGCGGCCAGAUGGAUCGCGAAACUUCGGAAAGAGACACUCAGUUUUUCACUGCUCCGUCCGACUGUGCAGUGGUAGAGUCACCAGUUCCUACUGGGUCUCAGAGCCAGAGCCCUACCCCAACCAAUAAUAGUAGCUGCCCUGCCAUUAGUAGCUGCCCUACCAUAGCACCAGCCGAAAGCUCCACAUGUCCGGUCUACAACAAAGGCGUCCAAUUAGGCAUUGGUGUCGGUAUUGGAGUCGGAGCCUCUCUAGCCAUCGCGACAAUCAUCGGUGCUACGUUUUGGUGCUCGCGCCGCGCACACACAGACAAACAACGAGCCAUGCAUGCUCAAGCGUACCACCACUACUCCGGCGGUAAUACCUAUUGGCAACCCAGAACGGCCGAGCACGACCAGCCCAAGUCACCAGUAUUGACGCCUACAGCGCCUACCGGAGGUUACAUCAACGGACAACCCGUGGAAUUGAGAGCAAACGCGGGCCCCUUCGAACUAAAUACGAAAUGA